GCUGCAGGAUUCUCCUGCCUCAGCUUCCUGAGUGGCUGGGACUUCAGGCAAGCGCUACCACGGCCGACUCGAGGAUGCCCAUCUUGCAAAAGAAUCUAGCAGCUUGGGCAGCAGCAGAUCCUCAUCGAGAGAGGCAGGCGAGGCGGGACGGAGAGCCAAGUCCAAGGGUUGAAAAUGUCCGCUUGGUAGACCGAAUGUCUUGUAAAAAAGCAGCGCUGGGGACUUUAUAUUUGACAGCGACUCAUGUCAUCUUCGUGGAAAAUGCACCCGACACAAGGAAAGAAACCUGGAUUCUUCACAGUCAGAUCUCCACCAUUGAAAAGCAGCCAACGACGGCUACUGGUUGUCCUCUGCUUAUUCGCUGCAAGAACUUUCAGAUUGUCCAACUUGUCAUACCGCAGGAGAGAGACUGCCAUGAUGUGUACAUCUCCCUGAUACGCCUCGCACGGCCAGUGAAAUACGAGGAGUUAUACUGCUUUUCCUUCAAUCCCAAGCUGGAUAAGGAAGAAAGAGAACAGGGCUGGUUGCUGAUUGAGCUCAGUGAAGAAUACAAGAGAAUGGGCCUCCCUGAUAACUAUUGGCAGCUCAGCGAUGUGAACAGAGACUACAGAGUUUGUGACUCUUACCCCACGGAACUGUACGUCCCCAAGUCAGCCACAGCACACAUCAUCGUGGGCAGUUCCAAGUUCCGGAGCAGACGGCGAUUUCCUGCCCUUUCUUACUACUGUAAAGAAAGCCAUGCCUCCAUCUGCAGGAGCAGCCAGCCCCUUUCCGGCUUCAGUGCUCGGUGUCUGGAGGACGAACAGAUGCUCCAGGCCAUCAGGAAAGCCAAUCCCGGAAGUGACUUCAUUUAUGUCGUGGACACGCGGCCUAAACUUAAUGCAAUGGCCAAUCGCGCUGCAGGGAAAGGCUAUGAGAACGAAGACAAUUAUUCCAAUAUCAAGUUUCAGUUUAUCGGGAUAGAGAACAUCCAUGUCAUGAGGAACAGUCUUCAGAAAAUGCUGGAAGUGUGUGAGCUUAAAUCGCCCUCUAUGAGUGACUUCCUGUGGGGGCUAGAGAACUCAGGCUGGCUAAGGCACAUCAAAGCCAUCAUGGAUGCAGGGGUCUUCAUUGCAAAGGCAGUUUCAGAGGAAGGGGCAAGUGUGCUUGUCCACUGUUCCGACGGCUGGGACAGGACUGCCCAGGUGUGCUCAGUGGCAAGCCUGCUGCUGGACCCUUACUACCGGACUGUGAAGGGCUUCAUGGUAUUAAUUGAAAAGGACUGGAUUGCCUUUGGACAUAAAUUUAAUCAUAGAUAUGGCAAUUUAGAUGGCGACCCGAAAGAAAUCUCUCCAGUCAUCGACCAGUUCAUUGAGUGCGUCUGGCAGUUAAUGGAGCAGUUCCCUUGCGCCUUCGAGUUCAACGAGAGGUUUCUGGUUCACAUUCAGCAUCAUGUUUACUCCUGCCAGUUUGGAAACUUCCUAUGUAACAGCCAGAAGGAGAGGAGGGAGCUCGGGAUUCAAGAAAGAACCUACUCUUUGUGGUCACACCUGUGGAAGAAUCGGGCUGACUACCUCAAUCCUCUGUUUAGAGCUGACCAUAGUCAGACCCAGGGGAGCCUUCAUCUGCCUACAGCUCCCUGCAACUUCACAUAUAAGUUUUGGAGUGGCAUGUAUAACCGCUUUGAAAAGGGGAUGCAGCCUCGACAGUCUGUUACAGAUUACCUCAUGGCCGUGAAGGAGGAGUCCCAGCAGCUGGAGGAGGAACUGGAGGCCCUAGAAGGGAGGCUGGAAAAAAUUCAGAAAGUCCACUUAAAUGGCACCAAAGUGAAGAGUAAGCAAAGUGAACCCAGCAAACACUCAGGAUUUUCUACCUCAGACAACAGCACGGCCAACACUCCUCAGGAUUACAGUGGGAACAUGAAGUCCUUCCCAUCCAGGAGCCCUUCCCAGGGUGAUGAAGACUCUGCUCUGAUUCUAACCCAAGACAAUUUGAAGAGCUCAGAUCCCGAUCUGUCAGUGAAUAGCGAUCAAGAGUCUGGGGUGGAGGAUUUGAGCUGCCGAUCUCCAAGUGGUGGUGAGCAUGCACCCAGCGAAGACAGUGGCAAGGACCGGGACUCUGACGAAGCUGUGUUUCUCACUGCCUGAAGUUUCCCUUUGGAGUUCCAAGGUAAAAGACACAGAAACACUUUCAAAUUGAGGGGACAGUGCAAUUCAUAAUAAAAAUACCUUGAGAAAUGGCACGUUCCAUCCACAACCAUAAAAUACAGCUAUGAACAUGAAAAAGAAAAAGAGAAUACAGUCUUUCAAUAGCCACUUCUUUUAUCAACUCAUAAUGAGACUGUUCAGCAUUCCUGAGGCUCAUGCUGGACGGUGAAAGUGCUAUUCACUAUGAAGAAACAAACCAUCAUCUCCUGAGGUGGUCCAUACAUGUCCUCCCAGACACAGCCUCUCCUCUCCUUCCCUUCUACUGUUAACGGCUUAGAACUUCACUUCACUUCCAAAUACAGUGUGUUUUCUGAAACAUUUGACAUUUCCUUCUGCCUUUACCAAUAAUUUAAAAAAUAAGUAUUGAAAGUAAUCUUUUUGUUAAUAAAUAUAUUCCUAAAUAGCUUUGAAAUUAAUCUUUCAGGUAGGAUAAUCCUUUUAACUUCUCAUUAGAUGAUAUUUUAAAUUAUAUUUCCCCCUCUGGAGUAUCUUCUGCUUUUCUUCAUCACAGAAAAAUGCUAAAAUGUAUGUUUUUCUUUAACAUGUAUGUAGUAUCAGAAGUCUCACUUUAUCUCAAAUAUGAAUCCAGAUAUCAGCUCUUAGCAACCUUUUAUUACUAUUUCAGAGACUACAUUUACCAAAACUGUGAGCCACCACCAACCUGUAAUACAUCAGCAAGGGAAAACUAGAGUGAAGAACUAGGGAUUCUGUGUCUUAGUUACUUUUCUCUUGUCAUGAGACACCACAGCCAAGGCCACUGGAAGAAAGAGUUUAUUUGGGCUGACAGUGUCAGGGGGUCAGAGUCCAUGACUGCCAUGGCAGAGGAGCACAGCAGCAGGCAAGGGGCUGGAGCAGUGACUGACAGCUCACAUCUUCACACAUAACCCAGAGGCAGUGAGAGCUCAUUGGGAAUGCUGUGGGCCUUUUGAAAUUUAAAGCCAGCUCCCAGUGAUGGUGUAUACCCCCUCCACCAAAGCCACACCUCCUAAUCCUUCCUAAACAGUUCCACCAACUGGGAACCAAGCGUUCACAUAUAAGCCUUUGGGUCAUUCUUCAAACCCCUACAUCACGUCCAUUAGACAUGGGGAGUAAAGGUUAUAGUGCUUUUCACUUUACAAAUUAGCUAACAAAUUAAUGUUUUCAGUAACGUUAGCAAUAUCUCAUGGUAGGACUGAUGAAUGCCAUUUCUGAAGUUUCUGUUAAAAUGUACAUUUAGAGCAGCAUUAUUCCCAUCUUAUGCUAAAAAACAAGAUCUGAAUCAAACUUUUGAUCUGAAGACUCUUCAUGGAGAAAUGUUGCUGUGUUUGAACACUGAAAUGUUAUUAUUGUAUGAUUCUGCAAUAUUAAUACAUUCUAAUAAAGAGAUAAAUUUAACCUUA